CACAAGACAUCAGAAUAACUGACUUCAUUUUAGUCUGCGAGGUAACUCGAUAAAGAGACGACCGUUUCUCGUUGUCGCAAGCCAACGUGAUCAGUUGUUUACUUUCGAAAGCAUGUUGAGUAUACAGCUACGGAACUCUCGUGUUCUCCCUAGAUGCUUUCGGGAAACUUCUAGUGCCAGUGCAUGGUGCCUCCAGAGGGUCAGAUGUGCAGUGUAAGAAUUGCCGAUGAGUGGGCCUGAGUGCUAUCGCUGGAACCGUGUGUCCGUCGAGGAUGGCUUCCAUGGCGCCAUCGGACUCGACGACGGAGUCUACACAGAGGCACGAGUCAGAUCUUUACACAAGACCAGGAUGGGUCGACGCAGAUAUCGCCCUAGGACAACUAGAUCAGGGAAAAGCACAAGGAGAUCGAGGAAUUUUGUGGGUGCGAGGUCGAAUUCAGUCGCAACUUCAUAUUCUAGGGAAGAUUCUAGAUACCCAUGCUGGAAAAGUUCUCUUCGUAAGCAUUCUAGCGAUUGCAACCUUCUCAGUAGGACUGAAGAGCAUGACGUUCCAUUCGAAUAUCGAACUACUUUGGGCGGAACCUUCUACUACACCAGAGACUUUACCACCAGAAAUGCUUUCUACUCAUCAAAUGGUUCUACAAACAGGCUUAGAUCCGGACAUGGACCUCUUGAAUCCCCACGGCCUCCUUGAACAUUUGACGUUAGUUCAAAAGGCAACACAGGUUACAGUUACGAUGUUCGAUAUAACAUGGCGGUUAAAAGAUUUUUGUCAAUCGCCUAGUAUUCCAAACUUCGAUCUCCAGUUUAUUGAACAAAUGUUCGAAAACAUGAUGCCUUGUUCCAUUGUAACACCUUUGGAUUGCUUUUGGGAAGGAUCAAAAUUACUUGGGCCCGACUAUCCUGUAUAUAUACCGUAUAGUAUGGGUAACCAAAUAAAAUGGUCGAAUUUAAAUCCCAGUGAAUUAGUAUCCCAAAUAAAAUUAAAAGAAUCCCAUUUCGACUAUCAUUCGUUAGAAGAUUACUUGAAGCGUGCUGGAAUCACAACAGGAUACCAAGAGAAGCCCUGCCUGAAUCCCAAAGAUCCCGAGUGCCCCGAUACAGCCCCUAACAAAAAUCAUACUCAUCCCCCAGAUAUCGGAGCUGAACUUACAAGCGGUUGCUAUGGUUUGGCGGCCAAAUACAUGCAUUGGCCGGAAGAUCUAAUCGUGGGUGGUGUACAAAAAAACAAAAGUGGAUAUAUAAAGAAAGCCAAAGCAUUACAAACAGUCGUUCAGCUAAUGGGUGAUCACGAGCUAUACGAGUUUUGGUCUGAUAAUUACAAAGUACAUCACAUAAGUUGGAAUAAGGAUAAGGCUAGUAUUGUUCUUAAUGCUUGGCAAAAAAAGUUCGCUGAUGAAAUAGAUCGUCUGUCCAGAAGUAACCCAUCUUCAUCUUACGUAUUUUACACAUUCUCUACUGCCAAUGUUAAUAAAUUGUUGAAGGAAUACUCCAGAUCUGAUUUGCUCAAAUUAGGUAUUGUGCUUGGGGUAGCUUGUAUUUAUGGUUGGGUAGCUCACUCAGCUUUAGCCUCUCUAGGUGUUCUAGUCUUAGCGAGUUCAACAGCAGCUGCAUUGGGCGUGUGUAGUCUCAUAGGUCUCCCUAUGAACCUGUUGAGCACUCAAGUGUUACCCUUUGUAACUGUAGGACUGGCCCUGCGUGAAAUGUUUCUUAUAUUAUCGACUCAUACGCGAAAACUGUUACCUGCAGAAGUGUUAAAACGGACAGGACCUAGUAUUAUAUCCGCGGCUCUAAUAAACUCUGGUGCUUUUAUCGCCGCCGCUAUUCUGCCCAUACCCGCGUUAAGAGUGUUUUGUUUACAAUGCGCAAUUAUGAUCGUCUUUCAUGGUACCGCACUUCUGGUCAUUUUCCCUUCCUUUUUAGCACUACAGCAGCGAUGCAAGAAAGCUGACAUGCCUUGCUUCAAAUCGGAAAACAAACCAAAAAUAACAAAUAAUAACAACAAUCAAGACGUGGAGCACGGAAGCAGUUUACUCACUGCUGAGAAAGUUUGCCAACAAAAGAAAGGAUUGAUACCCUGGUGCGUGACCCGCUAUCUAGCGACAGUAUUAUUCCGGCCAUUCGUAAAGGUUCUCAUGUGCCUCACUUAUGCAGUGCUAAUCAUUUUUUGUGUAUUUAACGGACUAAAACUAGAAUUCGAUGUAAGACUUUCUACAUUUUUACCGAAAGUAACGCAAGAGUACAAAUAUUUAGAAGCCCAAAAUAAAUUUUUUGGAUUUUAUAAUUUUUAUUUGGUUACCACAGAGCUGGAAUAUCCUCUGAAUCAACCUCUUCUUUAUGAGUAUCAUUCCUCUUUGACACAAGUUCCCCACGUUUUAAAAGAUUCGAAUGGUGGUCUCAAUAUGAACGACUUUUGGUUGGCGAAUUUCAGAGACUUCUUAAUUGAUUUGCAACAAGAAUUCGAUUAUAAUAGAAAUAAUAGUUGUUUAAACAGCGAAAAAUGGUUUCCGAACGCCACCGAGAAAGCAGUAUUAGCCUUCAAAUUAUUGUCGCAGACAGGAGUUGUACAAUAUCCUGUCGAUAAAAGUCAAAUAUUUAAAAAAAGACUGGUUCGUAAUAAUAUUAUAGAUGCUAACGCUUUUUACAAUUAUUUAUCAGUUUGGAAUAGUAACGACCAAAUAUCUUACUCCAGUUCUCAAGCAAACCUCACACCGAAACCGUUUCAGUACUACAGUUCUAAUGUAGAAUUUGAUUUAAAAAUUCCGAAAUCUCAACCUCUCGUAUAUACACAAAUGCCAUUUUAUCUUAAGAAUUUAAGAACUACCUCUAGUAUUGUCAGUACCUUAAAGCAAAUAAAAGAUAUAUCUGAACAUUUUAAUAGCAAGGGGUUGAAAAAUUACCCGAUAGGUCUUAUAUUUGCCUAUUACAAUCAAUUUUUACUCAUAGAUAGAUUAUUAGCGGCACAAUUUGUUUUAACUCUUCUUUCUGCAGCGAUUGUUGCGUUCGUUCUCGUUCAGUGGAUAAAACUUUGGUGUGCUCUUUUCAGUACGUUAGCCUCUCUACUAUUACUCUGUCUGGUAAAUAUUAACGCCCUUAGUGGUACUAUUGGAGCACUUCAUUUUAUAAUAAUUAGCAGAAAUAUAUUUUUAAUACUAACCGGCUAUUUAAGUGCUAUUGGUAGUAGAGAACGUAGAGUGAGAUUGUCUAUGGAAGUAAAUUCUGAACCAAUAUUAAAAGGUGACAUAGGAUUAUUGCUAUGUGCAGCAGUAUUAGCAAGUUCACAAUUUGAAUUCAUCCACUAUCACCUAUUCACUUUAAUAUUAAUAUCAGUUUGUGGUUCGUUAGCUAAUUCGUUCGUAUUUUUUCCAUUACUAUUAGCACUAAUUGGUCCAAAAGGUGAAUUACAACCUAUUGAGCAUACAGAUAGGAUAUCGACACCACCACCUUUAGUACCCUCUCCUAUCCCCAUCCGCAACACUACCUUCACGAAGCCUCCAAAACGUAAUACCUCCAGCAAAACCACAAGAGAACCUAGCCUCACAACCAUCACAGAAGAGAGUUGUAACCAGAGUAUUGUAGUUGAACCACAAGUCACUGUAGAAUACAGUAGUCCUGAAUCCAGCUCUAGUGGUCCCUUCACGACAAAAGUCACUGCCACUGCUAACAUAAAAGUAGAGUUGGUAGCCCCUGUAUAUAGAUCCAGUAAGUGCAACAAUAAGUGUCAUCGAUCGUUUAAGUGCGACAGGCGGAAAAGACAAGAGACAGAUAGACAAAAACAGCAGUGUAGAUGCUGUAAAGACUCUAAUAGUAGUGAUAGUAAUACAGAGACUGAGCAAUGCCCUAGUAGCUAGCAUUUUGUUACCAUGUAAGGAAUCAGUGUAAAAUAUGUUUAUAUUGAAUAUAUGUAUACCAAGCA